CUUCCAGCCCCCCCGGUUCCGACGGGCCUGUAAUAUAGUGGGGCGUUAUAAAAGAUAGCGGGGUUGGAAUGACGUAUUGAAGUUUCACGGUUACUGCGUAGCGUGUGGUGUUAUCGCGGAGGAGAUUUUAUGACAACGACGAACGGAGAUGAAGUUAGGGACGAAAUCAUGCCGAAAUAGCAUAGGUAGCGUAGAAAUUAAUGGAAUAAUCGUUCACAAACCCAUUUCGAUAUCGUACUGAGCUUCUUUCUUGGUAUAAUUCGUUACAACUGAUCUCUAUUUUGUAAGAAAAGGAAUCAUUCAAAGAAUGGAGCAGGGAGGGCUGUUCGAUGUACAAUUGGCCUAGGCUGUUAUUGCAGAUGAACAGUUCAAGCACUACAACAUAGAACAUAGACAGACGGGAAAAGACACUUGAAGCAUGUCAUUAUACUGUUAUAAACUUUUAAAAUUGGCGUAUGCCAUCACUUUGCUUUCAGUUCUAUUUAUGUGCGUGUCAACAAAUUGGGGAUUCAAAACUGGCGUUGAUUCGGUUGAAAAUUUAAAGGCAGACCCUGAUAAAAACAAAGUUUAUUCACCUACACUAAAUGGAUCCUUCGUUGGAAGAGGAAUCAAAUUUACUGCUCGACCUUCCCAGCUCAAAAUUGUAAACAAAACUUUACACAGGGCAUCGAUAACACCACGGAAUAACAUUUUUGGAGCCACCAAUACAAGUGAACGUUUGCCUGGAAAAAAUUGGACAAAACAAACAGGAAAAGAGAAAAUAAAAAAAAUUGAAGCAAUUUGGACCAGUACAGUUGAUUCAAAGAAACAUAAUAGCAACGAAUCGUCAACAAACAGCCAAAAUACAGUAAAUUCAACGCAGCAACCAAAGAUUACGGUUGAAGAGCCAGACUGCUCGAAAUUUGUCUCAAAGGAUGCAAAUACUACAAACCAAGGAGACAGUUUUUGCUACAGCCCAAAUGAUAGUCUGAAAUGUUAUCAAGAUCCUAUCUUUUGUGAAACAUAUCAUUUAAGUGGGAAAAGAGAACUGAGAUGGCCAGCCUAUGGUGAAUACAGUCACCUUUCGCAUGAACAUUGGGUAAAAAUUCUGCAGCAUGGCGGAGUUGUUUUUCUGUAUCAUCCAUGUGCCAACACCUCAUUAGUCACAAAACUUAGGCAACUAGCUGAGAGUUGUCUGCAUCGCUAUGUGCUCACCCCAUAUGAAAAACUAACUUCAUCAAAGCCUAUUGCCCUGGUGUCAUGGGGAUGUUUUCUCUUAAUGAACAAAGUUGAUUUUCCUACUUGCAAACGCUGGAUUAAAUCACAUGCAUACAAAGGCCCUGCUUCACAUAUUCACAAAAAUGGCACUUACGAACAUCAGCUUGUGAGAGCUGCAAAAGUGAUCACUGACGUCAAAGAUACAUUUCUUUGUCCUGAUGAGCAUGAAAAGGCAUCUUUACAAACUACCAAGUCCCCAGUUCUGACUACUGCCCGACCAAAGCAUCACAUUGGGGAAGAGAUCAUAAUGAAGCGUCUUGCCAAAGCAAAGCAUAAAACACAGACCCACCAAAGGGUGCUUGAACCAGUAGCUGUAGACAGAAAGAAGGCCUUCACAGCAUUUGGCAGCCUCGUUUUCCUGUUUAUUCUUCUCUUGAUUUUCCUUCUCUACACUAAACUAUGGACACCAAAUUUUGGUACUAGAAAAAGGUUUAGAUACGAAAAAUUGGGUGAUCUCGAAUCAGAAUCAGAGUACUACGAGUCUCAGUUCAGCCUGUUAAAGAGUGGUCAAGAAUUCAUAAGCAGUUUAAAACGAAGCAAGAAGACACAGAGACGAGAUGCUCAGUGUAAGGUGAAACUUCUAGCACCAAUUAUUGAGGAAGAUAGCGACUCUGAUUUUGGCUGACUUGAAUCGCAAGGCACGCUAUUGUGUUAUCUCCUAAUGUUUAAACCUCAGGCAAGGAUAAAGGCGUGACAGAGCAUUGGCAACAUUGUCUGACUGGCCAGGUCUGUGUCUUUUAGGCCAGGUCAGCAGGAGCUCUCCAUGGUGCAGACAUAAAAAGAGGGAAAGAAUUAGGUGUGUGUAUGUGUCAAAUUGGAUUUGUUACUCGUUUAAAGGUAGAACACAGAAGUUGAACCAAUGCAGUUUUUUAUUUGUUUCUGCAAUGGACAAAAUGCUUGUUGUUUGUUAUCAACAGUUUUCAAACAGUUAUCAAAUUCUUAUUGAUGACUACUGUCCAUAAAUAUCACCUUAUACAAGGAAAAUAAAGCUCUGUUUUUACAGGUCCAGAAUUUAUCUAAAAUGGAUCUAAGUGGAUUUACAUUAAAACAUUAUUAAACUACAUUGAACUUACUGGCAGACAAAAAUGGAGGCCUUACAUGCAGAUAAAAAAAAUUGACCCAGAUUAGAUACUUAUUUGUUUGAUCUACCUUUGCCAUUGCAUGGAAUAGAGAUGAACAAAGACAAAUGAACAGCAAUCUUUGUAACAGUGUGUUUUCUGAAUUUCUGGUGGUAAAUUGAUACUUAUAAAAAGAAUUUAAGGUUCUUCAGAAACAUAGAAUUGAAUUAUUCUUAUUUCUGUAUUUCCAAGAAGGAUUGGAGUUAUAAAGCAGAAUGACAAUUUUUAUUCAAUUAUUUAAAAUAAACCAAUUUCUCAUUA